AUGCCCGGUUACUUGUCUCCCCAUACUGUUCUGGCAGCAACUGUGAAAGUUAGUGAGAUUGGUGGAGCAUAUAUAAAAUUGAUCGGUGUUCCGUUUCGAAAACUGUACGACGAAGACGAAGCUCUCGCAGAACUCAAAGCACAUCGGCAUUCUGCAAUGGAUCUUGUCGGAUGGGAAGCUCUUGUCAAGAUAACAACGCAACACUUCAAAAUCAGGCGCGGAGUGAAAACAACGUAG